AUUGAACUUAUAAUGUGGCUGAAACUUUUUUUUUCACUGUGGCUGGUUCAAUGCAUUCUGGCCGUUCCAGCACCGGAAACGGACAAAACAUGGAUUGUGGAAAAGGCAUGCAGUGAUGUUACAACGAACACUUUAUUAAAAAACCAUGAUGAUCCAACCUGCAGAAGCUAUAUUUAUUGUUAUGUAGCCAAUGAAUCGGCUACUCCCUUGAUAAAGAAUUGCAAAGCAGACGAAUAUUUUGAUUCGACUUUAAAACUGUGCAGUUCCAAAGUUCCAAAUGAAUGUUCUGGAGAGCCAACGGAGCCAACAGAGUCACCAGUGAAUAAGACAACCAUUAAAACCAGCGACAGCUGCCAAGAUGUUACGAAGUCAACCUUAAUGCAAAACAAAAAUGAUUCCACCUGUAGAAGCUAUAUUUAUUGUUAUGUAUCCAAUGGAUCAGUUACUGCUUUGAUUAGGAAUUGCCUGACUAACCAAUAUUUUGAUUCGGCUUUAAAGGUCUGCAGUCUCACCAAACCUGAUGAUUGCAGCUAAGAUUAUAAUAAAAAUCAAAUAAAAAUACUUAUUCCCAUUAAUUGAUGCCAAUUAAAGAGCAGUAAUCAUUGAUAACUAAUAUGUAUUAGUUUCAGUUUAAAUAACGAACUAGUUCAUCAAAAUAUUUUAAAAUUUAAAAAAAUACCU